CUGAGGCAGUCGCUGCGGAAGCAACCGAUGGAGUUCACCCGACGACUGAAAAUGCCGAAAAUGCUGCUGCACCAGUAGCACCGGCAUCGCCGGCUGCCGCAUCACGCCCCGCCUCGCCAGUGUCACUAGUUGCUGCUGCGCCGAUUGUAGCUGAAGAAGACCCAGAUCCAUCCACUGAUGGAUAGGAGUCGGGCACCGAUGGCAGCUCCAACGCCUCAACUUCACUAUCAUCGAGCGUUCGUGAAUACGAAUGGGAGAAUAAGCGCCGCUAUCACAAGUUCAAGCAAGGCCGUUACCUGUGUCCAAACGAUGAGCCCGAGCAGGAUCGGGAGGAUAUGAAGCACGCUCUAGUAGUUCACAUCUGCGACGGUAAUCUGCACAGCGCGCCUCUAAAUAACCCGCAAAAGAUUCUGGACAUAGGCACCGGCACUGGCAUCUGGGCGAUCGAUAUUACGUGAAGAGGCUUCUCUUCUGGUUUCGGCAUGAGCUGACUAGAUAUGAAAGUGGGCGACAACUAUCCGGAAGCAGAAAUCGACGGCAUUGAUUUGAGCCCUAUCCAACCCGGUUUCGUGCCGCCGAAUGUUAAGUUCCUGGUCGAUGAUGCUGAGGCGGACUGGCUGUACCCGGACAACUCGAUUGAUUUUAUCCACCUGCGGCACAUGGCGCCGUUCAUCAAAGACUGGCCCAAGCUGUUGCGUCAAGCAUAUAAGGUAUUAAAGCCGGGUGGCUGGAUCGAGUUGCAAGACCUGAGAUGGAGAUUUGCUUGCGACGACGACACGAUGGGUCCCGACUACGCUCCGACUAAGAUGACGAACCUCAUCGAAGAAGGUCUCGGCAAGUUCGGCUUUGAGCUCUACGCAUCGGAGAUCAACCCGGAACGUCUCAAGGCUGGUGGCUUCGAGACACAAGUCCACGAUGUUAGGAAGGUGCCGUUGGGGAGGUGGCCCAGGGACGAUAAUUUGAAAACCAUUGGAACGUAUUCUCAGGCGGUUUUGUUUGACGGACUUCAAGCUAUUACGAUGGGACCUCUGACGAGAGGGCUGGGCUGGACUCCAGAAGAGGUCGAAGUGCUGCUGAUGCAGGUGCGGAAAGACCUCAGGAACGUGGCUUUCCACACGUAUGUUUACUAUCAUGCUUUAUCUGGGCAAAAGCCGGUAUAAGAGGCUUGAAAUUUGGGAAGAGUCUUAGCGACGGGCCUAUAGUUUAAUCUACAUAUUCUUAGUAAUUGCAAAUACAAUGCUGCAUUGCAUAAAGUCAAUUCGAGAGUGAUGGGAGUUUGGCUAAGAGCGCUGAAACUAUCGACCAUAACCACUGGACUAAGCGUUUACUAUUGGCAAGACCGCAAACAGAAGCGAUAUAUAAUUGUUGGU